AAAACAAUAACCAUCACACUACCUCUGUGAUCUUUCACAUGGUGUUUGACGUAUUGUAUCUCUUUUUUACACAAAACUAUUCAAUAAAUUAUUGAAAAAGUGUCCCUGCUACAAAACAAAAAUGGGAAAGAAGAAGUUUAUUGACAAGAAGAACGCUAUAACUUUUCAACUUGUACACAGGAGUCAGAAGGAUCCUUUGAUAGUUGAUGAAGCCGUUCCGCAGAAUGUACUCAAGCCCUGUGUUGAAACCACGAAAGCAGAAAUGCUCAAGUAUGGAAUUUACAGAGAUGACGGUUACAACUAUUUGCAGCAUUUGAAGGAGGUCGGGACCGGGGAUGUCGAACUGGUGAAGAGCGAAUAUGUUAAAAAGGAAAGAGUAAAUAAACCUCGUAUUAAUUUACCUUCUUCUGUGUUUGGUUCAACUGUCGAAGAAAAAGUUGGUCUACUCAACAAAGCUGCGCCAAAAGGUCUUGAGGUUGGGUACAGCGAUGAUCUUCUUGAAGUGUACGCCAAUCUUGAGGAUGAUCACCUCAUCGACGAAGAAUCUGAAAUCGAAGAUAAUUUUAUGGAGAUUGCCGGAGAGGUCAUCCCGGAAGGAGAAGAAAAAGAUGGCGUUGAUUAUGAUGAAUUUGGAGAAGACGACGAGUUCUCUGACGAAGAACUGAGAGACAACCUCCUCGACCUGGAAGAGACUAAAACAAGAUUCACUGAAUAUUCAAUGACGAGUUCUGUGAUGCGUAGGAACGAACAGCUUACUAUGUUGGAUGACAGAUUUGAAGAAAUGUUUUCUCAAUACGAUGAUAAUGAAAUAGGCGCUUUGGACACUGAAGAUAUUGAAGGUGAAAUGGAUCCACAAACCACUUUAAUGGACCAAUUGGAUAAUGAAGAAGGUGUCAAAAAUGAUUCAGAAGUGAUUAAAUUUGAUACUAGCAAAUAUAACUAUGUUUGUGAUGAAUCUUCUGGGAAUGAAAGCGAUUGCAGUCUUAUUGAACUGAAAGAAAAAGAGAAGUGGGACUGUGAAUCGAUUCUUUCAACUUAUUCCAACAUAUACAAUCAUCCGAAACUAAUUGGUGCUCCUCCUUCUAAUAAAAUUAAAAUCAAUCCGAAAACUGGGAUCCCCAUCACAACCACCCGGCUGACGGCAAGCGCAUUGGCCGACCACAACGGCAAAGCCAAAAGUACAGCUACUGGGCCGGGAUCGCUGGUUUCUAUUGUUUCGACUUUAUCGAUACGGCCGAAGGAUGAGACACGACAUGAAAAAACAUCAAGAAAAAAGGCGUUUAAAGUGUACAAAAAAGAAAGAAGGAUAGAAAGAAAACUAAAUACAGAAGCGUUUAAAGAAGAAAAGAAGAGAAUGGAAAAAAUCAUGGCAAACAACAAAACAAAGCAUAUGAUCCCAAUCUAAAGUGUUUGGUUCAUAUUUGUAAAUUUUUCAUCUUAUAAUUUGUUUUGUUAUCAAUUUAAUUUUUACUGUACAAGUAAUA